UUCUUGUCCAUUCUCUCGAGUUUGACAGUCAACUAGGGUUUACCGGAAACCUCAGACUCUCUGUCGCUGCUUACUGUGAUCCGACGUGAAAAUGGCGCUGCGACAUCUGAGCCGGCCGAGAGACAUCGUAAAGAGAUCGACGAAGAAGUACCUCGACGAACCCCUUUACCAUCGUCUCUUCAAGGACGGCGGAUCUGAGGUCAGUGUCCGUCAGCAGCUCAAUCAGUUCCUCAAGGGAACCAAACACGUCUUCAAAUGGGAAGUCGGAGAUACGAUCAAGAAGCUCCGUAGCCGCGGCCUCUAUUACCCAGCUCUCAAGCUGUCUGAAGUAAUGGAACAUAGAGGGAUGAACAAGACGGUGAGUGACCAAGCAAUCCAUCUCGAUCUCGUUGCUAAAGCUCGUGGAAUCGCUGCUGGGGAGUCUUACUUUGUCGAUCUUCCGGAAACAUCCAAGACCGAGCUCACCUACGCGUCUCUUUUGAACUGUUACUGCAAGGAGUUGAUGACUGAGAAAGCAGAAGGUCUACUCAACAAGAUGAAAGAGCUCAACAUUACCGUUAGCUCCAUGUCGUACAACAGCCUCAUGACUCUUUACACAAAGACAGGGCAGGCCGAGAGGGUUCCGGGGAUGAUUCAGGAGAUGAAGGCCGAGGAUGUCAUGCCGGAUUCUUACACGUACAAUGUCUGGAUGAGGGCUUUAGCCGCUACCGAGGAUGUUUCUGGGGUUGAGAGAGUUAUUGAAGAGAUGAAUAGAGAUGGUAGAGUUGCUCCUGAUUGGACUACGUACAGCAACAUGGCGUCUAUAUACGUUGACGCGGGACUAUCUGAGAAAGCUGAGAAGGCUCUUCAGGAACUGGAGAUGAAAAACACGGAGAGGGAUUUUAAGGCGUAUCAGUUUCUUAUUACAUUGUAUGGACGACUGGGGAAACUGAAUGAGGUUUACAGGAUUUGGCGUUCGUUGAGGCUGGCUAUGCCGAAAACCUCGAAUGUAGCGUAUCUGAACAUGAUACAAGUGCUGGUGAACUUGAAAGAUUUGCCUGGUGCAGAGACACUGUUCAAGGAAUGGCAAGCGAACUGUUCCACUUACGACAUCAGAGUUGUAAAUGUGAUGAUUGGAGCUUAUACAAGAGAAGGUCUCGUCGAAAAAGCAAAUGAACUCAAGGAGAAAUCUCCAAGAAGAGGAGGAAAGCUCAAUGCUAAAACGUGGGAGCUCUUCAUGGAUUACUAUGUAAAGAGGGGUGAAACGGCUCAAGCACUCGAAUGUAUAACUAAGGCGGUUUCUAUCGGCAAAGGAGAUGGUGGCAAGUGGCUACCGUCAGAGGAUACAGUCAGAGCGUUGAUGAGCCAGUUCGAGGAAAAGAAAGAUGUUAACGGAGCUGAGAGUUUGUUGGAGAUUUUAAAGAAGGGAACGGAUGAUGUAGGCGUAGAGACGUUUGAAUCAUUGAUAAGAACAUAUGCAGCAGCUGGAAAGAGCCAUCCUGCUUUGCGCCAGCGCCUGAAGAUGGAGAAGGUGAAGGUUGAUAAAGCAACAGAGAAGCUGCUCGAUGAAUUAUGUCAGGACGAGUAAGGUCUGUUCAAUCUCUCUUCUCCUUCAUUUUUUUUAUUUCCCUUUACAAGCAAGACAUUGUUAGUCGUGUAAGAGAGAGCAUUUGCAUUCUCUCUGCUAUGUUUCUUAUUGGUAAUAAAAAAAAUAGGCUACUGUUCAUGUUUCUGUGAA